AUGCUCACAGAAAAGAGUUAUGUGUGUGAAGUGCAUUUCAAAGAGAAUGAUAUUCUAAUUUAUGAUGAGACUAUCUUAAAUGAUGGAACAGUCAUUAAAAUUAAAAGAAUUAUACCCACAUUAAAAGCUGUGGCAGUUCCAUCUAUAUUUAUGAACUUAUCAUUUUAUUUAACAGAGCAUACAAUUAAGAGAAAACCUCCUCUCGAAAGGUCUAUAAAUAGUGAUAAAAAGAGAUUUAAACCAAGUCAGGCAUAG